AUGUCAGAUCAACCUCAACUGUCCAAUUACUUUGCAGAGGAACAUAAGUUAAAUCUCUCUAGGGUCGGAUAGGAAUCCUUAAAAAAAUGGGAUUUCUUUUCUGACCCAUUUAGUUUACCUGAUAAAUAUCUGAGUAACUCUCAAAAACACAUAAAAACCGAAACCACAGACUUUGGAUUUGAUAGUAUUGACUUCAUUUUAGGAAAACAAACAGAUCGAAACAGUUCAACAUCUCUUAAGAUGAUUCAUCAGAAAACUCAAUCAGAAAAACUGAUAGGCAAAAAAGUGCAGUUUUCAGAAUUGGUACAAGUAAAGAACGAUGACGGAAGUGAAUCUGAAGAACCUAUUCAAGUAUUUUCAAGAAAGGAAACAAGAAAAAGUAAGUUUUCAACAUCAGGUCAGCGACCACAUGAUUCAAUUAGAAAAUAAUGUUGA